GAAAAGUGUCAUGGCGUCACUUGUUGCUGAUUACGGAAGCGAGGAUGAAUUAUCCGAGAACGAAGGUCUGGAGGACGAAGAAAGUCAGACAGAUAAAGACACCAGCAAUAAAAACAGUGCACAAAACUUCUUGAUGACCCAGGAUGAUAGCGACAGUGAUGACUCUGAUGGUGGCCAUCAAGAUUCAACAAACUGUACUUCUCAGGAUGAGAGAGACCGUCUCCCGAACCCCAUGGAGGACAAACUACCCACUCCAGAUAUUGGACAGCAAGGGAGGGAAACCGUCACCUCUGUGUUCAAAAAUCCUUUCGAGCAGGCAGAACUCGUCAAGAAUUCCAUCUUAGAAAAACAUGUGCGAAUGACGGAAAAAUUACCAGAAAAAGGGACUAAGCAGGUGUGUUGGAAAUUUAAGAAAGGAAAAUGUCGGAUGGGAAAGAACUGCCGGUAUUUCCAUGACCAAGAGAGUGUCACAGGGCUUGUUGUCGAAACCAAACUUGACGAGAACGAUGCCCAGAAGUUGGGUUUUAAUCAGCAUAAUCAUAAACAGUCGUAUUUUGGGUCAGUUCACAAGAUGCAAGGUACAGCGUUGGAGGCUGAACCAGCUGACGAUGACAGCUACAUGGCAGGGAAGAAGCGGAAAUCCAGAGUUGGGGUGUCCAAUGCACUGGUUCCACCUAAAAAAGCUAUGUCAUCUUUAGAGAGGCAGCGAAAUAGUGAACGACCUUGGACUGUUAAAAAGUAGAAGUUUAAUUAAUAGUGGAACUACGCAAUUUAGUAAGAAUGUUAUAAGCUGAAGUUUUCCAAUGUUGUAUUAAGUAUAAUUCAUCCAUUCAUUGCCUGUUUAUGUGUAACAAGGGUGUUUAUUUAUGGUGUGGUAGUUGAUGGUUGUUAUUAUUGUUGCAUUGUCUUGUCUACUUGAUGAUGGUUCACUCCCAAGAUAAGAAGUGUUUUAUGAAUUUCAAUUCACUGUAUAUAUACGAAACCAUUAAAUGGUAAUUAUAGCAAAUGUUCUCUAGACUAGAGGGGCUUGUAACGCCAAAAGGACCUCGUUACAUCCCUUUCCUUUUAUAUAGUGCUAAGACCCCGUCAGUGACAGUAUAUACCUUGAUGCCAGUUUCUUGCAUUACAAGUCCCUGUGCUCUCAACAUCAGACAUGGUGGACUCCUUGUUUGGUGAUUAGUUAUCAUUUUUAGCUUCUUAUAAGAAAUUCUUAUAGCAUUUUUGCAGCAUGCCUAUGCAAUGACUACAUACAAAACUAGAACCUCAAUAGAAUCAGACUUUUACUCAAUACAGUACCUCUCUGUGGUCUCCAUAGAAGCUCACGUCAGUUAGAGUUCUAAAUAGCCAGUUAGUGCCAUGGCCUCUGACUUCUCAGGACUGUUGCAUGAAGCAUUCAUACAUGCAUAUCUAAUUUCUCUAUCUUGAAGUUAUUCCGCAUCCUCUGCAUGUAAAUCACUAAAUGACGGAGGCAACACAAUUGUUAUUUAUAUUUUAUGCUUCCCUUCCUGUUGUUUCUGAGUAGGAAGCAUGAACAGUUUUAGACCAUCAAAGGAUUAUAUGCUUCUGUCUUGGUUUUCUUUUGUUGGAAUCAAUAUUGUUGAAUCAAGGUAAGAAAGAAAUGGGAUGCUGACAUCUGGUUGAAUGAAGACCCCAAGCAUCCUUCACUUUGAUUGGUCGAAGUUUGCUAAGGGUACACCUGAAAAGACCUUCAGAGCAGGUGUCAUCAGAUAUUAAUGCAGAGAGGGGUCAGAGUUAAAGAUCAGAUUUUAGUGGGGUUUUAAAAACUUGGAUUGUUGGCCUUGAGUGUUGAGACAUUUAGAUUUUUUAGUUUUGGGAGAAUACAGGUAUUCCACAAACUACAAUGACCACUCAGCAUCUUGGGCAUGGCUCAAGGGUUGUUAAGUAAACAGCAGGAAUAGGUAACAAGGUGGGUUUUGGAGUUAUGAUUUUUUUUUGUUAAGUCUCAAUGCCCACACAUCAUCAUUAUUAUCAUCAACAUCACCAUCAUCAUCAAGAUGUGCAAGCCAUCUCUAUAUGGUGGCCGUAUUGAUGUCAUAAACCACUACUGGUAUUUGCUGUUGCCACAUCAUCAUCACCAUCAUCAUCAUCAUCAUCAUCAUCAUCAUCACCACCAUAAUGGUCAGCUGAUACUUCUGCUUUUCUUAUUUCACAUAACAUAUAUCAUCUCAAGUAUUUAAAAUAAUGCAAUAAACAUGAAAUUAUGGCAAGAGUGAUAUUUAUGCCGCCAACAAGCAUUAUCCCAGAUGGAUUAUGUUCUUUGUGUCCCUCUUGUCUGUUGACCUCCUACUGAUGUUUAGGAUAGAUGGAAUAGAUAUUGAACUACUGAGGAUAGGUUUGGUAUUGUUUCCAAUGUUUGCCCUUAACCCUGAAAAGCUGCAGGCCCUAAGGACCCAGAACCAUAAAAGGUUGUGGGUCCUGAUCAGAAUUUGUAGGCCCUAUAUUGUAGGUACAAUUUAAGUAAGUCCCAGCAAACAAUGUGACAACUAACAAACCGAGUCAAAGAGUUUAAUUUAAUUCUAGUGACUGAUUAAUCUUCAUUUACAACAAAAUCAAGAUCCAGGUCUUCUGAAAGUCUGUAAUUUAAAUUGCUUCCUCG